AUGAAGUACAUCCAGACUGACCAAACCCUAGAUAUCCCAGAAGGCGUUACCGUCAACAUCAAGUCGAGAGUCAUCAAGGUCACUGGCCCAAGAGGUACUUUGACCAAGAACUUGAAGCACAUCGAUGUCACUUUCGCCAAGGUGAGCAACAAGCAGGUUAAGAUUACCGUUCACAACGGUGACAGAAAGCACGUUGCUGCUUUGAGAACUGUCAAGUCUUUGGUCGCCAACAUGGUCACCGGUGUCACCAAGGGUUUCAAGUACAAGAUGAGAUAUGUCUACGCGCAUUUUCCUAUCAACGUGAACGUUGUUGAGAAGGAUGGUGCUAAGUUUGUCGAGAUCAGAAACUUCUUGGGUGACAAGCAGGUCAGAAUGGUCCCAGUCAGAGAGGGUGUCUCCAUCGACUUCUCUAACAACCAGAAGGACGAGAUCGUUUUGUCCGGUAACUCUAUCGAGAACGUCUCUCAGAACGCCGCCGACAUCCAGCAAAUCUGCCGUGUCAGAAACAAGGAUAUCCGUAAGUUCUUGGAUGGUAUCUACGUUUCCCAGAAGGGUUUCAUUGAGGAGGAGAACUAA